AUUCGCAAUUAAAGUUUUAUUUGAAAUCUUUUUGACAGGCUAAUUGAGGGAUUGGACUGCCUCAAGGUGGCAGAGGCAAUGAGGGACCAUCCAGAUGUCCUUCGGCCCAUCUUCAUUUCCGGACACAGCCAGCUGACUGUACAGAGCUUGAUGACUCUUUUUGAGAUUGUUCUUUCCCCACCUGGCAGCAAUGCCCGAAGAAGUGAAAAUUUGACACUUACGUUUUGGAGGGACUGGUUAAUUGAUGUUGGCGAUGGUUCACGAUCAGUCAGCCUUGACAAGAUUUUGAUUUUUGCCUCUGGAGUGGACCAAAUCCCUCCAAUGGGCUUCCCCCAGAGGCCUCAAAUCGAAUUUCUCCAUGCCCCUCAUGAAAGUGGUGCUCGACGGCGCUAUCCUGAAGCCAACACGUGCAGUGUUGUUUUGAGGCUCCCGAUUCAUCACACAUUUGAGGACUUUGUGGAAUACAUGGAGUCAGGAAUCCGUCAGUCUCCAACUUUUGGCUUCAUUUAGUUGGCUCACUGGUAGCGGAGUGUAGGGGAUCAGUUUA